AGUGGCAGACCUGAUGCUGGGCUUCCCAGCCCUGCCCCACAGUGGAGGAGUACCGCAGGAACAUGGCUGAACUGGUCUCAAAAAGGGGUCUCGACGCGGACUCCAGGGACGCACGCGCAUUCAGAUGUGAAGGUGUCUAACCUAUUCUCCGAGCUAUUUGAUGUGCUCAUGAAACACAAGGUUCGAAUAGAGCCCAACUACACGUCAGUGGUGAUGGCCAUCAUGGUGAUAGAUGGACUGGGGAGGUCCCUGGACCCCAGUCUCAAUCUCCUGGAGGCUGUCACUCCCUGCCUGCUCCACAGAGCCAGGACACAACUCACUGACUACAUUGUAGGCUCUUGACACCUAGAGCAACUUCUGCUGUUUGUGUCU